AUGCCCUCGGUUCUAAACAUCGCGCACAUGUGCUCCCACCUCCAAAAUGCAUCCAAAGCCCGCCUAGGCCUCACGUCCGUCUCCAACAACAAAUACAACCUACACCUCGCGCUCGCUCUUCACCGCUCAGGCUUCUUCUCGUCCGUUUACCGAUCCGGUCCGCAGCCCCCUACCGCAGAGCAAAUGAUUUCACAACCACCGGAGAAGGUCACAACUGCCAACGUAGCCAAGAUGAGGAUAUGGCUGGGUCUUAAGUACUGGGAUGGGAAACCGGUGUUGUCCAAGGCAACUAUGAUCAGCAAGCCCUCGAGGUUGAUGACUGCUGAUAUUAAGGAGUUGGGAAGACUGACAAGAGGAUUUCCAGCAAAAUUGAAGGGUGGUGUAGUCCCGGGUCUGAAUUUAGGAGAGUGCAUGUUCGUGGCAACAUCAAGGGGAGUCCUGGAGGCGAGGGAAGCAUUGUCAAGGAAGGCAAUGAAUGAGGGAAGAAAAAUCAAGAAUUGA